AUGGAGCCUCAAUCACCCCCUAAGCGUAUCACGCGCUCCAGAGCUGCAAAGACUGCCGAUACCACGACCAACACUAGAGCUACCAAGAUCGUGACCGCCGCGGCCAAGGCCAAAGCAAGCGUUUCUGCCCCGACGCGAUCGACCUCAGCGAAGAGAAAGACACGAGCCGAUGAUGCUGAGGAGGAAGAGCACACCGAAGAAGCACAGCAAUCCGAGGCCGCACCUCGUGCCACAAGAGCUACCAGAGGCCGCCCCAAGAAGACAGAAGAGCCCGCUGUAACGGCAACAGCAGCCUCAUCAUCAAGUGGUGUUCCUGGCCGAGCAACUCGUGCACGAGCUGCUGCGCGCCAGGUUUCCGGCACACUUCCCUCAGCUCCCAAAGAUGAGCCAGUAAAGCCCACCCGUGGCCGGCCCAGAAAGGUGGCAGCUGAAGAGUCUGCCCCCAAGGAAGCGGAGCCGGUGAAGAAGACGACGACGCGUACUCGCGCAGCACCAGUCACAGCAGCAAAGCCCGCCGUCAAGAAGACGGUAACAUUCCAAGAACCCGAAAAGGAAAACAUCGCUCCUGACGCAAGCAAGAAGACGACCGAGAAGCCCGCAGCUACCACUGGUCUCAGGGGCAGACCAGUACGAAAGCCUCCCGUUCCCAAGGCACCUCGAUCGACCAAGUCCGCCGCCGCCGCCGCCUCCUCCACCGCCACGAAGACGGACAAGACUCCUUUGAGCCCUAAGAAGGUUACUCAGGUCCCCAUGCCUCGCGACUUCUCCGAUGACGAGCUGGCCGGCCCGGACACACCCCCGCGACCAAUGAUGAAGAGCCCGACAAAGCCGCCCACUGGUGCCCUCGGAUCCUCCAAGAAGCUCAACCUGCUGCCUGCCGAUAAGACUUCCGACUCAGAGCAGUUCCAUGAUGACGAAAACUCCACCAAGCCUACGGAGAAAGAGGAUGAAGUCACAAAUGCUCUUGCUUCUCCCGCCAAGAGACUUCCCAACUCGCCUUACCGGGACUCAAUGAAGUCCCCGGCCAAGCGUGCUGAGGGGGUGUCUCUGAAGCCUGCAGCAUCACUACAGGCGAGCGGCGAGACUGGUGCCGCAUCCUCAUUCAAGUCAUCUCUGCUUCAGUCGCCGGCCAAGCGUCCGCAGUCCGCCAUCAAGCCCUUUGCUCUGCCCUCGAUCAAUGAGGGCGAGAAGAAGGUUUCCAACUUCAAGGCUUCUCUGCUUCAGUCACCAGCCAAGCGACCCUUGUCUCCUAUCAAGGGUAUGGCCGCAAAGCCCAUGGAGCGACUGGAAGAAAUGCAAUCUCCCGCCACAAAGCCUCUGUUGCUGUCCACACCCACUGCUCUGCGCCCCGUCAAGCGAUCUUCCGAGAAGCUCAUGGCUGAAGAGUCGCAUGCCGAUGGUGAGGAUGACGAGGAGCUCGAUGAAGUCGCCGAGGCUAUGCUCAACGAGUCCAUCCAUUUGGAAGAGCCGAUGCAAUUCCCCGGUCGCCUUUCAGCUGUCUUGCCAAGGCAUGCCGACCCGGUUCUCAAGAAAAACAUGCCUAUUCUGGAAGCCCCCACUGAAGAGCCGAAGCUGGCUGAAGAGGUUGACCAUGUUCAGCAGUCAGAGGGACCUACAGAGGACGAUGUCUUUGUUGACGAGGCUACUGAGGAGGGUUCGGCUUCGGACGGAGAGCCUAUGAUGGUCGACGACGAGCCUUACUUCCAGCCUCAAGCCGCGGCUGCGCCUCAGCUCACCCUUCAUGCCCCCAGCGGCAUUUUCGGCCUCCGCCAGAAGGAUAUGGACCCGUACGGCAACAUGGAGUCUGACUCUGACGAUGAGCUCGCCAACAGCCCCAGAGUUUCUUCAGCUCACAAUAUGGUUCUUGCCACCCCCGCGAAUUCUCGACGAAGCAUAGCCAAAUCUCGGGUUUCCAGUGUUGGCUUCACUCCCUUGGCGGAUCAACUCAACGCUUGGUCUGCUGCUAGCCCUUCCAAGACACCCAGACGUCCCGUCACUCCUGGACGCUCGGGUGCUGCCACUCCUCGCGCAGAGGAUUCUCCUCUUCGAAGCACUUACUUUGAAGAUGAGAUGACUGUCCGCGCCGAUAUGGACGCUCAGAACGAGAUUGAGGCUGCUAUUGAGGCCGAGAUUUCCGCCUCCGCUGAAGCCGAAGAUCCCGAGUUCGACGACCUCAUGGUCACUGAGGAGGACAUGGCUCUUGCAGCUGAGGCCAAUGAAAUGUCUCUGAUGGAGCCUGAGGAGAUUGAUGAGAUUGUCAACACGUCCAACAGCUUCGAUGACACUCUUUCCGAGGCGAGCCAAGAGUACGGCGACGAGAACGACAUGCCCGUUGACCCCGCCAUGUUCGGCGGCGAUGCGUAUGUCCCGCCAGUGACUCCCAACCGUGUUCUGGCGCGCGAGUUCUCUACCGUCUCCAAGGUUCCUCUGAAGCCUGCUGAUGAGUCGACCCCUCGUCCCAAGAAGAAGCGUGCUGCCAGUAUUUCCCGACUCCCAGUCAGCCGUCCAAGCCUGAAUAGGAGUGCUACCGUCAUCUCCUACUCGCCUGGCAAGACCCACAAGGAUGAGGACGAGCAGAACGAUAAUGAGCUCGACUCUGCGCCUGUCACUCCGGCCAAGUCUGAUGUCUGGUCGAGCCUCGGAACACCGGCGCGCACUCCCCGCCGGGAUCUCAACCCGGGUCUCCUCCGUGGUGCCGUCGUUUUUGUGGAUGUGCACACCACCGAGGGUGCGGACGCCAGCGGUAUCUUUGUCGAGCUCCUCGGUCAGAUGGGAGCUCGAUGCGUCAAGACCUGGAACUGGAACCCAAGUGCAACUGGCAACUCGGAUGCCUCAAAGAUUGGCAUCACCCACGUCGUCUACAAGGAUGGUGGCAAGCGCACGAUGGAGAAGGUCAGAGAGUCCAAUGGUGUUGUGCAGUGCGUCGGCGUGAGCUGGGUUCUUGACUGUGAGCGUGAGAAUGAGUGGCUCGAGGAGGCGCCCUACUAUAUCGACACCUCCAUGGUUCCCCGCGGAGGCGCGCGCCGUCGCAAGAGCAUGGAGCCCACAGCGCUCGCUAACCAGAACGGCAUGCUUGUUCCCACGCCCGUCAAGGCUGGCCGCGAUGCCAAGACUACGCCCAACACGCCCAUGAACCGACGUGAUAGCACGGUGUGGAUGCACACUCCUUCAGACGAGGCUGAGGACGACGACGAUGAUUGGCAAGGCCUGAUCUCUCCGGUUCCCGUCACGCCUGCGCCUGAGGCUCUUGCUCGCUAUGCCGCAGAGACGCCUUCGGGGAUGACUGAGUAUGACUCUUCUCCCACCAAGACCCUGCACAUGCAGACCUGCCCUCCCAAGCAGAACACCUUUGUCCAGAUGGGCGAGGGCAUUCUCAACAGAGACAAGGACGAGAGCGUCAUGCAGCGCCUGAUGGCGGCUCGCAGAAAGAGCUUGCAGUUUGCGCCCAAGAUUGGAAGCCCCUUGGCCAAGGCCUGGCGCUAG